AUGCUUCUUCUUACCUUUCUCCCGAUCAUCUUCAUGAUCUACAACAUCCUUAACACUGCCUACACUGUACUGACUUCGGCUCCUAGCUUCCUUCUCAACCCCAUCAAGCCUUACUCUAAGCCUUUCUUGAGAAAGAACCCCAUAAUGGCCUACUCUUUGAUCACCUUCGCUCUUGCCUUGUUUGUUUACAGCAUCUUGGACAGCUUCUCCAACCGCUACAUGCUAACUUUCUUCCUGCUUAGUCUGUGCCGCUACCUCCGUCUGAUCGUCAACAUUGUCGCCUUUGCCAACCUCAAAGGUCACCCUAUCAAGAAGAACCCUACUUUCAAGUCGACUGAUGUGUCCGUCGUCGUUCCUACUGUCUUUGCCGACAAGGACGAGGUCAUGGCCUGCCUCAAGCGCAUUCGUGUCUGCAACCCUCUGCAAAUCAUCGUUGUCACUAAGGACGAGCUUGUCCCCCAGGUUUAUGCUGCUUGCGCUGAGAUCACUGCUGCUGCCGAAAGUGAUGAUGAAAAGCUCGACAUGGUUCAAGUCAUUGGAGUUGCCAAGCUCAACAAGAGAACUCAAAUGGUUGCAGCUCUCCAACAGGCUGUUACUGGUUCAAUUGUUGCCUUUGCUGACGAUGAUGUCUUCUGGCCUGGUAGUGACUUCAUCACCGUCAUGCUGGCAUGCUUUGAAAAUUCUGAGGUUGGUGCUUGCGGUCCUUCUCAAAGAGUCUGUCGCUCAACCGACCUUGACAAGAUCACUUCCAUCUGGAACUUCCUUGGUAUCUGCUACCUUGAACGCCGCAACUUCAACACUGGUGCAACCAACCUUAUUGACGGUGCCGUCUCUACUCUCUCUGGUCGUACCAGCUUCUACCGUGCCUCCCUCAUCCAGAAUGAUGAGUUCAAGUCCUUCUUCCUCAAUGCCGCCAACCAUGACGAUGAUAAGAACCUGACCAGAUGGGUCUAUGACCAGGGCUACCAGAUUACCCUAAACUUCAAUCCCAGAACCCGCAUAAUGACUACCAUGGAGACUGAACCCAUGAUGUUCAUCAAGCAGUGCAUGCGCUGGGCUCGUGGUCACUGGAGAGGUAACUUCCGUGUCAUGGCAACUACAACUUACUGGUACGACACUCACAUCUGGAGUUUCUAUGCCAUCUACAUCGGCCAAUUCCAAACUCCUGCCAUUGUUAUUGACACUGGUCUUCUCUGGUUGCUCAAACACGGCAUGUCUGACUACGACACCUACACUCGCAAGUUUGCUUUGAUCUCUCUCUGCUGCUGGAUUUUCUUCACCAAGAUUGUCAAGAUCACUCCUCACUUCUGUGAAUUCCCCCAGGACAUCAUGUUUAUCCCUGGCAUGGUCCUUUUCAGCUACUGCCACGGUUUCCUCAACGUCUUUGCCCUCAUCACUAGAGACAACAAGGUCUGGGGCCGUUAA